UCUUUGCCCGGCAUUGCCUGUUCUUUUUUCCUUUCUCUUUUUGUUUUUAGUUUCUUUUCUACCGGGGGAGAGAGAGUGCCGUAGACCGCAACCUCGAACAUGCCUUUCAACGUCUUGCGGGCAUCUCUCGCGGUGCCGCUCGUUGGCCUCUUCGGCGCAGCGCUCGGCAUCGGAACUCUGACGGACGACGACUUGCGAAACUUGCCAUCUCCCGGUAACGAUUUCGACAUUCAUAACGGGAAGCUUCUGGCUCCCAUUCUCAUACCGCGAGUGCCGGGCACCGAAGGGCAAAUCAAGACACAGCGACACUUUGUCGACUUCUUCAAGAGCAGCCUGCCGGAAUGGGAAAUGCUCUGGCAGAACUCGACCUCCAAGACGCCGGCGACUGGCAAGAACGACAUUCCCUUUUCGAAUCUGAUUUUUCGUCGCGACCCGCCUGGUUCUCGCGAGGGCGAGGUCGGAAGGCUGACGCUGGUGGCGCAUUACGACAGCAAGAUGGAACCCAAGGAUUUCAUUGGGGCGACGGACAGCGCGGCGCCGUGUGCGAUGCUGCUGCAUAUUGCGAGGAGCAUUGAGGGGGCGCUCAAGUCGAAAUGGAGCAGUGCGGCGGGGGCGAAUGAUGGGCUGGACGACGAUUUCGAGACGGACGUUGGGGUGCAGAUUAUUUUGCUGGAUGGCGAGGAGGCCUUUGUGCGCUGGACGCAGACGGACUCUUUGUAUGGCGCAAGAUCGUUGGCCCAAGCUUGGGAAUCCGAGUUCCAUCCUACAAUGUCCACUUACAGGACCCCCCUACACUCCAUCAGCCUCUUCGUCCUUUUGGAUCUCCUUGGGUCGCCCAAUCCCCGUGUGCCAUCCUACUUUCCAACCACCCACUGGGCGUAUAAGAACAUGGCAUCGCUAGAGAAGCGCAUGCGCGAUCUAGGUCUUCUCGAGUCCAAGCCCGCCCAUCCCUUUCUCCCAGAUGGAAAUAAGAAAUCCAGCGAAUUCGGCUAUGGGGGCAUUGAGGAUGAUCACAUCCCAUUUCUGAGACGAGGCGUUGAGAUUCUUCAUCUGAUUCCCACGCCGUUCCCCGACGUAUGGCAUACGAUGCAGGAUGAUGGCGAGCAUCUUGAUAUGCCGAGCGUCAAUGACUGGACUAAGCUUGUCCUGGCAUUCACGGCGGAGUGGAUGGAUUUAUCUGGGCAUUUCUCGAAAGAGCUGCCGAAGAGUAAGACGAGUGAGACGACGAUUGAACCGAGUAAGAGGACUGAGUUAUGACUGCAUGGGGGGGGAAGAUUAUGAUGAUUUUUAGAAAACUGAUCGUUGGUCACUGAGCGUUCAUGUUAUGUUGGCGGACCAUGGCUAGAUUGCAAGAAUAUUGCGGCCGGCAUUGAAUUGAAUAUUAUUUUGCAUAUACUGAUAAACUUGAUCAAAAGAUGCAAUGACAUUCAUUCUCGCAUGUAUCUGUCUAGUUAUACUUUCACCAGCUUUCUAGAUGUCUCGUCUUGCGUCCCAGAGACAUGACAGUGCAUAUUCAUACAGUACAUCAUGUCGCAUACACCGUGUGUUCAAUGUGGCCACUAGCCAAUCACAGCGCCCCACCUUGCGCCUCUACGGCACUACAACCACGUAACCUUUAGCACCAAAAGCU